AUGAAUUACAUUCAGAUGAUUGUCUCCUUCGCCAAGACCAAUAUGCAGAAAAUACAGGACCAUCCUGUAGCUGCACAAGUGUUCAAGCGUAUCGGUGACCAUCCUGCUGCAGGAGUGUUCAAGGGUAUUGGUGACUAUCCCGCCGAGUACAAUCCCAAAGUGCAUGGACCUUACGAUCCGGCCCGUUUUUAUGGCACUCCCUCCACGCCGUUUUCAGAACUGAAGCUCUACGAAGUCCCCCAAUGGCUAAAGUGCCGCAACAAAUCGCCAAAAUCUUUUGCUGCAUUAUUUUCCCGCGCCUAUUGGCGAUGGUCACACCAAUAUGUACAACCAAAACGUACAACAGUGGCUCCGCUGAUUCAAGGGCUUACGGGUAUGAUGUUGAUAUUCUACAUCAUAAACUAUGGCAAAACCAUUCGUCACCGAAACUACAAAUACCAUUAA